AAUUUCGCCAUACGUCACCUGGCACGCCCAGGAACUGGUUUUAUAAGGCCGACGUCUGUGACAGAAGGUGCACUGGUUUAUAUAUUCAGGGCCAAAAAAUUUAAGAUAAGUCAGAAUGGCGAGGAUCACUUUAACACUGUUCACUGUGGCAUCGCUGAUCGUCCUCAGCACGGCCUACCCGUACUUAUCGGGGAAAAUCCCCAACGGUGACAAGGUGCCGGACCCGUGUAAGCCAAACAGCUUAUGGGCCGGUGUGGGCCACUGGAGCCCGGCCGGAUCAAAUGCACGCAAUCCUUUCGGAUUAGCCUUCAAAGCCGCCGGAUACUCGUGGACCCAAACCCUGUGUAAGGCUGACAGUGACGGUGACGGCAAGACCAACGGCCAGGAGCUGGGUGAUCCUAACUGUGACUGGGUGAUCGGGAAAGCCCCUGCCACAUCCGACGGUAUUUCUCACCCCGGUAUCUGUGAGCCACCAGCGAGUGCACUGUGCAUGUUCCGUAACUCUGUCAACGUGUGUAAUAUCAAGUCACCAGCGAAUAAUGCGACGGUAAUACCAACGCCGCGUAUGCCAACGCCGCGUAUGCCAACUCGGAUGCCAACCCUUCAUCCAUCAAACAUCCCAGUCCAGGGCUCCUCUACUAUUGCUGUAUCCGUGAUUAUGCUGUUUGUGGCCGCCAUUGUCGCGAUUUUCUAGACGCAGUAAUUCCAACACAAAGCCCUUUCUCAUCCGGUUGAUCAAAUGUACUUUCUAAGCGUCACGUGACUUGUCAGGGCGCCAUCUUGUCUUCAAAACUUUGCAACCUCAUGAUAGCAAUAGACUGAAGAAAUUCGAACGUUACUUUGUAUCUGUAGAUAAUGGGUGAUAUGAAUAAAGACUAGCAAAUGCUUUUACUUCGAUUUUGUACAGAAAGGCCUAGUGUAAAUGUACAUGGCGUUUUAGAUAAAAGCAUUUGCUAGUCUUUAUUCAUAUCACCCAAUGUUAGAGUUAGAUGUGUAUUCUCCCUCGCCACACGUGAUGAUCGAAUUUUGGAUUAAGAGUGUAUAUCAAACCAAACCAGGGGGGAAAAUGGCCAAAGAACAUCCCGGCCUCCUAUGUUAUUUCCUCUUGACGAAGCUUAUGAACCUAUUUAGAUCUUUAAUGAAACUGUUAUGAGAUUUCUGUCAAUAAACAACUUUUAGAUCAA